CCAAGUAGCGAAUCUCGCGCGAGUUCCUGUUUCCUGAACAAGGAAUAACAACACUCAACUCAGUUGUUUCGUCGUUUAUCUUUGGUAGAUUAUCUAUCAACGAUUCAUUGGUUUAAAGAGCAGUCAUAGUCCUAGUUUUGUUUUUAAGUAUUUACUUUUCUUAUAAUUUGAGGAAAGGCAUAUAUUUGGUCUCCCAACGGGAGUCUUUCCAGACAUUAAAACAACCGAGGAUGGGAGGCUGAAUUUCACAACACAAAAUUGGAUUGGCACACAUUACUUUAAAAUAUAUCAAUAAAACGAGGGUGUACAUUUGUUAUAAAAUGGGUUCAAUACUCAGUCGUAGAAUUGCUGGUGUUGAAGACAUUGAUAUCCAGGCUAAUUCGGCUUAUCGAUAUCCACCGAAAUCAGGCAAUUACUUCACCAGCCAUUUCUUUAUGGGAGGGGAGAAGUUUGAUACACCACAGCCAGAAGGAUACCUGUUUGGUGAAAACAUGGAUUUAAAUUUCCUAGGCAACAGACCUGUGCAGUUCCCCUACGUUACCCCAGCGCCACAUGAACCGGUGAAGACUCUGAGGAGUUUGGUGAACAUCAGGAAAGACUCUCUCCGACUGGUCAGGUACAAAGAGGAUGCUGAUAGCCCAGCAGAUGAGACUGGGAGCCCAAGAGUGCUCUAUGGUGUGGAGUUCAGCUUUGAUGCAGAUGCUCGAGUUGCCAUCACAAUAUACUGCCAAGCCUUUGAGGAGUUUGCCAAUGGAAUGGCCAUAUACAGCCCCAAAAGUCCCUGGCUUGCAUCAGAAACUGUCCACUACAAGAGAGGGAUAAACCAGCACUACUCCCUGCCCUCCUUCAAGAUUGAUUUCACCAAGUGGAAGCCAGAGGAGCUGAACUUUGACCUAGACCGAGGGGUCUUUCCGAUGGUGAUCCAGGCCGUGGUGGAUGAAGGGGAGGGCAGGGCUCCUGACUUAUCCGGACAUGCACAUGUGCUCCUGGCAGCCUUUGAAAGGCACGUCGACGGCAGUUUCUCUGUGAAACCCCUGAAACAGAAGCAAAUUGUGGACCGGGUCAGCUACCUGCUGCAGGAGAUCUAUGGCAUUGAGAAUAAGAACAAGCAGGACAAGAAGACCCCAGAUGAUGAGAACAGUGACAACAGCAGCGAGUGUGUGGUGUGCCUGUCGGACCUGCGGGACACAAUCAUCCUGCCCUGCCGACACCUGUGUCUGUGCAAUGCCUGCGCCGACACGCUGCGCUACCAGGCCAAUAACUGCCCUAUCUGCCGCCUGCCGUUCAGGGCUCUGCUGCAGAUCCGUGCGGUGAGGAAGAAGCCUGCAGGCUCUGUGUCUCCAGUGUCCUUCAGCCCAGUGCUCCCGCAGAGCACCGAUCACAACAACGAACACUCGCAGAGCUCCGAUAACAUCCCGCCGGGCUACGAGGCCAUCUCCCUGCUGGAGGCGCUCAACGGCAUCUCCUCCGUGCCCUCCUCCAUCUCAUCAGCCCCUCUGUACGGGGAGAUCCAGUAUCCCGGAGACGGCGGCGACCCCCUGUCUGUGAGCCGACCCCAGAGCAUCGGCGAUUUGACGGGAGACACGGCCAUGCUGAAGAGCAAAGGCAGCAAGUCACCUGACAGCUCCACGCGCUCCCCUUCCUCGCCCAUCCAGGAGGAGGAGGACGAGGAGAGGCUUUCGGAGAUGUCAGAUGCGCGGCCCCACCCUCUGCUGCCCUGUUCUCCCGCCCCCACUGAGGUCACAGUUACCGAGGGGAGCCCAGAAGCGAUCACCCCUAACUCAGACGGCUGUUCUCUGGUCCACUCGGUCAGUGACGUUCUGCAGGGGUGUCACAGCGAGCGCAGUAGCCUGACCCGCACUGAGAGCACCCCCUCCACGGAGCUUGCCCUGCCUGAUCCUGAGUCCAGCUCCCCUGCUGUUGAGGAGUGACUCUGGCUCGUCUGACUCCAUGGAGAGCUUGAAGAGCCGCAGCACCAGCAGCUCCAGCCAGCCCCUGCUCUGCGUCCCCAGCUCCCUGCGCCUGGAGGACGAACGCCUCACCCCCUAGAAAAGGACCCUCUCUCUGUCUCGUCUCACCCCCACCCCCAGAAACACCGGGCCAACUGUCCCUCUCCUGAAGCGACCCUCCACUCGUGUGGCAGUGGUCACCAAUGGCAUCUUGAAGGCCUUAGGUCCUGAUGUAUGUUUGUGCACUUUCAGUUCCACACUUUGAAAAACAUUUCAGAGAUAUUGUCAAAUUGACACUAAAAAAAUGACACAAGAGAAUCUCUUUGACCCAUCAUAGGAGAUUAGUCUUGUCGUUGGCCCUUUCACGCAUAACAAAUGCUUCAGUAAAUGAUGGCCUUUGUGUGCAUUGAAAAUGGUAGCAAUGAAUAUCUAGGUUAUGCUUCAUUGCCUGUCUUCUGAUACGUACCAGAACAUUAGUCUUGUAGUGUUACGUAAUCACAGAUUCGCAGUAUCCCCAAUUUUCAAAACUCUGAGCUUUUUAAAAAACUAUAAACCUGCUGUGAGCAGCAUUAGCAUCCUUUUCAUCAUUUCAGACUUGGGCACUCUAGUAGUUCACCCUCUACUUCUGAUGCACAUGGGAGAACUGGCAGGCAAAGAUGCCUUCCUUUGUAUGCUUCCUGAUUGGCUAAUACAAUGUUGAAAUGUUGAUUGCUGAUUACAGCCACAUAGACUUAUGUGAAGGCAGUUGGCAUAAAUAUAUAAAUAUAUUUUUCAAAACAUCAUAGCUUAAAGCAGCUUUACAAUAUCAGAAUUAAGACAAUCUAUCUGUAUGACAGCCAGUACCCCAAACAUCUAACUGCACCUGGCCACUGUCCAAUCACCCACGCUGUGGCCUUUAAAACAGUCCUGAAGUUGGUCUUUCACUUCUACAUUUGGGGGGCUACACUUAAUCAUGACUACAUUUCUGUGAAUCAUACAAUACAACAGAACUAGACAGGAAUAUAUGUGUGUGACCGUGUGAUGUAUACUUCUCCAUCCUGACUCCAAAUCAAAACAUGGCCUCGUCCACCAGACAAGCAGAAUAUUCUCUUAAGAGCAUCUUCGGUAUUCAGUCCAGCACUUAGACUUGUCAUGCCUUCUAAAUGUUGAUUUGUGAUUGUCAGCGGUAGUUUCUAGAAGGUGUAGACCUUUAAACCUAAACUUGUGUAUUCACCCUCUCCUCUCCUGUGUGUUCUCGUGUGAGUAGAUCAGCAUUGUGGCAUUAUCCCUUUAACGUUCCGAUGCAGUGACACUCCUCUGUAUACCUGUGCCUUAUAGUGCAGUGGCUUUUUUCUGUUACUGUUAUCAAGAGACCUGUUGUUUGUGUGGGAACAUCAAUGUUUUGUUUUGUUUUUUAAGUUUUGAAGUGCACCUGAAUUCAUUCCAUUGAAUUGAUGAUAAUUAAUUUUGCGAAGUGAUAUUUGAGAAUGUGAUUUUAUUUCUGGUUUGCGUUAUGUUUACUUUUACUUUACUUAAUUUUCAUCCUCAGAGUUUCCUGCAGUCUCUGUAAUGUUAUAUAUCCUGUACUCAGCCUGACAACUCUCUGUAUACGUUUCUGUAUCGUCAUUAUUGGUACAAAAGUGAUCCAAGUCUACUCUUACCAUUGUCUUAUCAAAGCUUUUACCAAUGUCACUUUGAAGAGAAAUGCUCUGAAGAGAGAUUUAUUUUAGCAGCUUAUCUUUAUUACACUAAGACCAGAGAACUAUGACUGAAAGGAAACACCAACCGGUGCAAUACAUUUCUAGAAAAAAACUAUAGGUUUCUUUGUGGAAUCGGUUUGUAAAAUAUCCCCAAAAAUACAGUUGCCAGUAAAACAUUUAAUACCA